CCCCCUAGAUCCACGGGGUUUCUAACCAUAGAGGCUGCACUCGCGGGUUUGGGCGUGGCAGAGACAGACGCCGCCGCUGCCGCCGCCGCCGUCGCCGUCUCCACGACGACCUAAACGGCAGCCCCCGCGGGAUCCCAAGCAACGAAGUGGGGCUCGUGGGUUUCGUCCCCUUCGGCCGAGACAGACGAGUGAACGCGCCGCCUCGUCGACGCGGCGCCACCGCUGCCGCCCUCACCGCCUCUUCACUUCUCCGGCGGCUCCCGGGAGGUUUGGGCGGGGCAGAGACAGACGACGCCACCGCCGUUGCCGCCUCCACGACGACCUCAACGGCAGCCCCCCGGGCCCCCGCGGGAUCCUAAGCAACGAAGUGGGUCUCGUGGGUUUCGUCCCCUUCGGCCGAGACAGACGAGUGAACGCGCCGCCUCGUCGACGCGGGGCCGCCGCUGCCGCCCUCGCCGCCUCUUCACUUGUCCGGCGGCUCCCGGGAGGCAGAGAAGGAUACAUCGGAGAAGGUUUUUGAAAUUGCUAAGAAGCAGCUUGGACUUCACUGAAGUUUGCGGCAACAUUAAGUUCUCUCACCUUGGAGCCGAAUCACUAUACAUGGUUUUCUAGAGAUCUGUAGAUUUUUUUCGUCCAAGAAGCAGUGGCCCAUUCUCUUGCUGGCAAGCUGGCCUUUUCUUGACAUGGCUACCUUAUGCAGUAGAUAAAGGACUCCACCACAAAUCUGGCAUCAGAUUUGUCACCAUGGCAAAUGGAACAUAUUUUAUGGCAAUUUAUGUUUGCUGAGGAUGGCAAGUUUAGUUGGACAAUGUGUCGCAUACCCACUGUGGCGAAUGGAGCACCAGGAUGCAUGUGUUUCGAUGAAUAUCGCACUGGCCAAGUACGGUGUGUUAAUGGAUGUAGAGAAUUGGAUGACUACUUGAAAUAUCGGGCUUUUGUGGCCCUGCCUCCUUGUCAAAAUCCGAGGACUGGUACUAUACUUCUUCCUGGUGAACUUAACAACAAAAAGCUAGUCUCUACUGAUGCUGGUAAGAAGUUUGUCCGGUCCAUAUUUCAAGGCGUCUGGUGUGUUGUGGAUGAUGGAAAAUACUUCAGAGGCACCAUUACUGAAGCCAACAUCUAUGUCAGUAGGGAUGGCAGUGCCAAGUUUCACAAUUUGGAGAUCACAGAUGAAGGUAAUCAUGCUCAGCGAGUUGCUAGGCGAAGAAGAAAUUACACUGAAGUUUGCACUAUUGCGAAAACCAAGUUUGCUCAAGCAGCUGCUUCUCUUGGGUACACAGAUCCCAAUGACAUUCCAUCAGACAUACGUCUUCUGUUCCAUAGGGUUAUGAACGACAAGGCCCUCUACAACAUAGGGUUAUACCACAUCCAUAUUUCUCUGGUCCCUAUAGGAGUUGGUAUGCUGGCAUUCUUUAAAAUUGAUGAUCAUCUACUGACCACUAUUCCUAAGGCCACGAGAGAUACAAUUUUGGAUAACCUGUAUGCAGAGUGCCCAGAGAUUUUUGGAAAGGAUCAAAAUCAUGUCCUAAACUGGGUGAAUGAAGCUCGGAUGAAUACUCUGCUGAAUGACAUCUACUGCCACAUUUUUGCUAAUUAUGUUGCUGAUGAGGGCAACAUCUGUAAGAAGCAAGACAUUAGACCACAUGAUCUCAAACUGAAGCGAGGGACCAUUGAGUACAAGAUACUGGUUAAGAGAACUGAAGUUGCACUGUUUUUGGAUUUCUUGAGAAAUCGAACAGCACACCGUAUGCAAAGCUGGAUACUGGUGCAGAACGAGUACACCCCAGAAGACGCAGAUCUUGUUUGUCUGCUGAAAUUCCGUGAUUUUUUGGUUAAGGUGCAGUGGCUGUUGUGGCGAUUCAACAUGCUAGACAGGGUCAACUUCUCGGCUAUAUUUGUCUGACAUUGUCCCCAAUUCUGCACUUCCUCUGAGUUCCGUCUGACAGUCCUUCACUGAUCGGCAAUAUCAAAGUGAGAGAUCAGGCUGUACUUGUCCCCAAUUCUGCACUUCCUCUGAGUUCCUGUCUGACAGUCCUUCACUGAUCGGCAAUAUCAAAGUGAGAGAUCAGGCUGUAUCUUCUAUCAGAGAAGGGACUGAUACAGUGGCCUUUCUGAAUUUCCGGAGGAAGCUUACCGCUCAUCACAUGAACUGUUCUGACACCUGGUGAAAGUCUUAUUGUAGUCUCAUUAGCUAUGUCUAAAACCUAGUUUUACCGUAGUCUCAAUAGUAAUGGUUCAGUUCCAGAAAAAUGUUAUGGCUUGCUUGAAAGCGCAGUCUCAUUUGAUGUAUCUGAAUUUCUACCUUAAGAGUCAGACAGUUUUUGAAACUUCUAAUUCUCACGAA